AUGCAUUUCGACAUUUUUCACUGUUGUCGAUUGACGAGCGGACGUUUCAUGGUUGCCUCUGACGUCAACACGCAACUUUCUGUUGCUCAACUACGCCAGCUAAAAGAAAAAGUGGAAUUGGCAGGACGACGUUUGCGAAAGCUAGUAGAUGAAACCAGAAGAAAUGAAGAAAAAUUGUGCCAUAUGCGUAGAAGGAAGAAGACAUUGGAGUCAGAUCUAGAAAGACGUUUGGAAAUUGAGAAAUCUGGAACACCAGAUGUCAGCGGAGAAGUUUUGCGAGAACUGGAAAAACCGCUGGACUAUGAAAUUGAAACUGCGCAACAAUUCCAAGCGAGAAUGGCUCAUGUACGUAGUUUGAUGAGCGAACUUCUUGUAAGAACAAAUCUUAACGAAUGGGCUGCCCAUACGGAAAUGGCUGAACAAGAAAGUGAAGUGGUGACGAAGAUCAGAGAUGCCUGCAAAGCCCGAGAAAUGCUGAGAGAAGCAUUGUUGGAGAGCCAAGCGAAGGCUGAAAAAGCGAUGGCUGAGAGGAAAACUCGCUAUGAAGAGCUACAAAGGCUCGAGGCAGAGCUGGAAGCUUGCUCGGCUGAAACAUGGCUCGCGAUUACUGAGAAGAACAGACUAAGCGACCGUUUGGCAAUAUUGACCAGGGAGCCAUUAUUAACGCCCUGCGAGAGAGUGAAAAAGGCAAGAGAUGAGGAGCAACAGCAGCAGGAUAGGGACACAAGCCAGACAGAGAACAAUAUCGAUCUCGAUUUGGAAGUCAAUCCAAAUUUGACGAGAUCCGAAGGAGGAUCGGAACAUUUUCGUGACUCAGGAGAUCAGAGAAAUCGUCUUGAGAGCUCGAGGAGGUCAAUAAGCAUCGGACGCAGUUUUAGUUCUGAUCGUUCCAGCUCCGGUUAUUCCGUUCACAACCAGGACAACGAGGAUCUUGUUAUUCCCGUCAAUAUUAUGAAUACGAUAAGAAAUGCUAUCCGCGAUUCGAUGGGACUGGAUGUGAAUUUUGAUUGAGAACCCUCUCGUCUUUCAUAUGUCUGUUCAAAUUACUACACCCCGUGAAUAUUCAGAAAAAUAUAAAGAAUUUUGGCUUAGAGGAUGUUGAAUAAAGUAUUCG